AUGUCUACUAGUACAGUCGUCCAAACGAGCAGCUCCUGGCCAGGAUUCGCAGGCCUGACGCGUCUCAUCAUAUUUGGCGAUUCCUACUCUGCCGUCGGGUACCACGCAGGCGGACCGCACCCCACAGAGGACGACCCUCUCGGUAUCGAGUUCCCAGGGAUCACGUAUGCCGAACCGGGCGAGCCCAACUGGGUCGGGCACCUCGUCACGAACUAUCCGCUCGCGCCACUACUGGUGUAUGACUUCGCGCGCGGCGGCCAUACUCUGGCUGGGGUGCGACAGCAGAUCCAAGGCGACUUCACGCGGCAUCUCGUGGAGAAGCCGGACUGGUGCCCGUGGAACGAGAACGACACGCUCUUCGUGACCUGGGUGGGCAUCAACGAUUGCGCGUUCGCCACAGAGGCCACAAUACCGAAAAACAUAAACGAUCUCUUUGACCUGCAAGAGGAACUAUACGAGGCCGGUGCGCGUAACUUUAUGCUAGUCGACGUCCCUCCCGUCCAUCGCAGUCCCGCAGGUACGUCAGUCAUCCGAGUCGCAACAAUAACCCUACAACUUGACGGCGUACGACGUUCACCGCGCCUCGAGCUCUGGAACAGACUGCUCCUCGAGGGUGCACAGCAAUUCGCAACGAAGCACGAGCAGGCGACCGUCCUGUUCUACUCCUCCUGGGCCACAUUUUCGCGUGUCAUGGACGACCCGGCGGCGCAUGGGUUCACGGAGGAGGAUACCAAGACGCGUGCGAGUCGCAUGUGGGUCGACUUCCUUCACCCGACCAGUCAUAUGCAUGAUAUCGUUGCUCGCGACGUGGCGGAAUUCUUGACGAAAAUCGCGGCCCGCGAAGAGUCUCGUGCAUCAUCCGAGACAUGA